GCGGCUGGAAACGUAGCCUGCGCCGGAAGUAGCAAUCUGGACACGGAGCAGGUCUGAGGUACACGGGAGACCCCUCGGGACACCGACAGAAUCCCGGCAGGGUGCGGCGUGGCCAGCUGGGGCCCUGGGCACUCCAUGACAGCCAGAGAGCCCUGAAAGGUGUCGGGACCCCGGGGACGUGGGACAAGGAUAACGAGUGUGAGAGGGUGCAGCCACUAUGGGUGAGCCCCAGGGGUCCAUGAGGAUCCUAGUGACAGGGGGCUCUGGGCUGGUGGGCAGAGCCAUCCAGAAGGUGGUAGCAGAUGGGGCCAGGCUGCCUGGAGAGGAGUGGGUGUUCGUCUCCUCCAAGGAUGCUGAUCUCACGGAUGAUGCACAGACCCGAGCCCUCUUUGAAAAGGUCUGCCCCACACACGUCAUCCAUCUUGCUGCGAUGGUGGGAGGCCUGUUCCGGAAUAUCAGAUACAACUUGGACUUCUGGAGGAAGAACGUUCACAUCAACGACAACGUCCUGCAUUCCGCCUUUGAGGUGGGAGCACAAAAGGUGGUCUCCUGCCUGUCUACCUGCAUCUUUCCUGACAAGACCACCUACCCCAUUGACGAAACCAUGAUCCACAACGGGCCACCGCACAGCAGCAAUUUUGGCUACGCCUACGCCAAGAGGAUGAUCGACGUGCAGAACAGGGCCUACUUCCAGCAGCAUGGCUGCACCUUCACUGCUGUCAUCCCCACCAAUGUCUUCGGGCCCCACGACAACUUCAACAUUGAGGAUGGCCACGUGCUGCCUGGCUUGAUCCACAAGGUGCACCUGGCCAAGCGCAGCGGCUCAGCCCUGACGGUGUGGGGCACAGGGAAGCCUCGGAGGCAGUUCAUCUACUCACUGGACCUGGCCCGGCUCUUCCUCUGGGUCCUGCGGGAGUACACUGAGGUGGAGCCCAUCAUCCUGUCAGUGGGUGAGGAGGAGGAGGUUUCUAUCCAGGAGGCAGCUGAGGCCGUGGUGGAGGCCAUGGACUUCCGCGGGGAGGUCACCUUUGAUACAACCAAGUCAGAUGGGCAGUUCAAGAAGACGGCCAGUAACAGCAAACUCCGGGCCUACCUGCCGGAGUUCCGGUUCACACCCUUCAAGCAGGCUGUGAAGGAGACCUGUGCCUGGUUCACCGACAACUACGAGCAGGCCCGGAAAUGAAGUGCAGUGGUGGGCCAGGUGCUGGCCCCCCACCACGGAGACCCUAGUGGCUGCUCACCUGGCAGAGCCCAGUGGCAGCCCCCCUCAUGCUCAAACCCUACCAGGAGUCAAGGGCGCUGCCCAGCAACUUGGGCCCAUGUUCCACCCCCUCCACCAGGGUGGCUCCAGGCUGCUGUCUGCUGGGGCCACCAUUCACAUCAUUCCUCAGGGAAACCAAGGCUUGGCCAGGCCAGGUGCCUUGCUCCUCAAUGCCAGUGCCCGGGGCCUGAAUGUGCCCACUUCCGAUCUUGCCCUCCUACUCCUGGGAGCCAAUAAAGUACGUUUCACAGGC